GCAUCUUGAGUUAAACAUCCAGAGUCAAAUUCAGAUGUCUGCCUUGUGAACGCCUUUUGGAGAUUAAACAUGGCUGUCUUCAUUGUUUUAUUAACUUUGCUACAAGUUUCAAGUGCCUUAUAUGGACCAAAGCUUUUGACAGGUGAGGUUGGAGGAUCAGUCACUAUCAAAUGUUUCUAUCGACCGACUAAAGCCAACAGACAUGACAGAAAAUAUUGGUGUAAAAUAUCAAGAGCCAGAAGAGUUUGCAACACCAUCAUUUCUACCAGCCCUUUCAUCUCUGAAGACUACAGAGACAGAGCAUCCAUCACUGACUUCCCUAAAAAUGGCACGUUCGCAAUACAAAUAACACAGCUGGAGCAGAAUGACGCUGGGGCUUACAGAUGUGGCAUCGGCAAUAGCAACAAAGCCUUAUUCUUCAGCAUGAAUCUAACAGUUUUGGAAAGUACAGUAGCUGGGGAUCUUCACAACAGGCUGAUUGCAAAAGGUUCUAAUGUAUCUGAAUCACCAGAGCUUGUGCUUGGGAAGCUCAAAGGAUCAGUAACAAUACAAUGCCAACCUGAAAAUGUCAAAGGCGGUGGAAAGAAAUUCUGGUGCAAACUGGGAAAAACUGGCUGUUCUGUCAUAGUGGACUCUGAUGGUUAUGUGGCCACGAAUUAUGAGGGAAGGAUCUCUAUUACCUCUGAAGAAAGCUCUGGUACUUUCAAAAUCUUGAUAAACAGACUUAAAAAAGAGGACUCUGGACUGUAUAAGUGUGGGAUGGCCAUGCUUGGUGACUCUGGAAGUGCGAGAACCAUAGCUCUACAAGUGACUGAAGAAUCAACCCUUCCCAGGGAACCCAGGCUCCUGAAUGGAUCUGAAGGAGGCUUGGUGUUUGCCAAGUGCCACUAUGAUCCGCAACGGAAUUAUGAGAUGAAAUACUGGUGCAGCUGGAAGGAAGCUGGAUGCUCCCUUGUGUCGAAUACCAGUGGAUUUUUACAGGAUGCAUUUGAAGGAAGAAUUCGGAUAAUCAGUGAUGACCCGGAAAAUGGGACUUUCACGGUAGUGAUGAGCCAUCUGGAAGAAAAGGAUGCAGGAUGGUACUGGUGUGGGGCUAAAGAUGGAGACACAGAACAAACAUCCUCCAUGAAGUUACACGUUCAAAAGGAAUCAUUCUCUUCACUAGCUCCAGUACCAUUUGCAUCUGUGAGCCCAGUAUCACCAACAUCUGCUCUCCACAGCAUCCCCACUCAUGUAAAUAUCAUAAGUCAGACAUAUCCCACCAGCAGAGUCAUGGAGGGAAUAUUGGAAAAAACAACCCCUGAAGACAGAUUUGUAACUUUUAGCAAUGCAGUUUAUGAAAGCAUCCCCACUCAUGUAAAUGUCAUAAGUCAGACAUAUCCCACCAGCAGAGUCACGGAGGGAAUAUUGGAAAAAACAACCCCUGAAGACAGAUUUGUAACCUUUAGCAAUGCAGUUUAUGAAAGCAUCCCCACUCAUGUAAAUGUCAUAAAUCAGACCUAUCCCAUGAGCAGAGUCACAGAGGGAAUAUUGGAAAAAACAACCCCUGAAGACAGAUUUGUAACCUUUAGCAAUGCAAUCUAUGAAAGCUCAUCAACCAGUAAACUGCAACUGCUUCAAGUUGUGAUACCAGCCAUCAUUGUGCUGCUGCUUCUUGUUGCUAUUAUUAUUCUUAUAUUUAUUAAAGUCAAGCUUCACAAGAAGAAGGAGAUGAACAGAAGUGCUGUGAGAAACCUUGAAGCAACAGUAACCUUGACUGAUUUAAAGUGCUGCAAAGAGCAAAUGAUGGAGGAAAACAUGGAUCCAGCAAAGCAAUGUGAACCUGCAAGGGGCCAUGACAAAGAACAUUCUUCACGGCUGUUGAAAGAUCCGGGUGGCCCAGAUGAAAUCUCUAAGUUUUUCUAACAAGGGAUCCAUCCAAUGGAAAAUGUUGCUCUCUCAAUUACAUCUGCCACUUACACACAAUGAAGUACCAGUUGCUGAAGUCUCAAGGGAAAUAGGGCAGGAUUCCCUAUCUCCAAAUCAUGGUGUUCACAAACUCAGUAGCUGACUUACAAGAUAGACGUCGCUAUAAAUUGCAGAUCGCACAGCUGAACUCUUAGCUUAUUCCCAUCCGCAACAGGAUGCAUUUCAUUUAACUGCAUGUUAUAUAAAGUGCAGAAGAACUACAGACUGCACAUUUAGUUGGACUCUUUGCUAAACAGAGAAUAAAAUGUCUA